AUUGUUGCUGAGUCAUUGCUGACAAUUCUUAGGAACUUAUUCUAGAAGACUAUAGCAUAUGGCUAACCGAAGACAAAUCCUAAGAUACAACUUGACACCUUACCAAGGAAAUAAGAGAGUAUUUGGUGAAUUUGACUGUCACAAUUGUGACAAUGCCUGGAGUAGUGCUUUCUCUUAUGCUGAUACAUGGCAAAUGUGUGAAGUGUGCAAUAUGGAGAUUUAUCCUCAUCGCCAAUAUCCACUGCUACGUGGCAAAAAUAAUUCAAAAAAGCCUCAUCAGUCGCAUUUGUGUGGAAAAUGCCAAGAGCUUGGACAUAACUGUAGCAAAUAUAAAUGAUAUUUGGAGCAUUUGACACCACAUGUAGUAGAAUAAUGUGCUUUGUCAUCAAUUGUAAACAUGAUUGUGUUUAUAAUUGUACUUUUGAGUAACACUAAACUGUUUAUACAGUAAGACAAUCAA